UGUGUGAGAUAGUGAGACAGUGAGACAAUGACACCCAACAGUGAACUCAACAUGAACCAGUGAGCCAGUGAACCAGUGAACCGGAUUGAACCAACGAGGACCGAGGGAGUUUUGAAUGGACAAAUAAACGGGUCGAUAUGCUUGAAGACUGAGCAAAUAAUAGAAAAAGUGUGCGUGCGUGGCUCAGAUUGUCAGCGACUGUGUGAGCGUCGUGUUGUAAGGCGUUCCUCUGGUGAAGUGAAGUGGAAGUUCCGGUGAAGUGUUUUUUUUAGAAGAUUUUUUUUUUUUUCAAGUUUGUGAAGAAUGUUGGAGUUUUCGUGAACAAUGUUGAAGUUUUGAUGAAGAUCUUGUGAAAAUUCUGAAGAAUUUUGAAGUUUAACGAAGAACUUUGAACCAUAGAACUUCAUUAUUUUAUGCAGACGUGAAGGAGUGAAGUUUUUUGACCUAAAACUUCAGACACUAACAUUUCCUCAAGAACCAAAUCCCUGAAAUAAUAAUGUUUUCUUGCACGAGUAAAUGAAGUUCCCGAAAGCCGUGAAGCCUCCUGAAGAAGUAGACACAAUAUCCUGACGAAGUAGAAAGCGAUCUUAUCAACAAACCUUUAUUUAAGGGUAAUGAGACGCCCUGAAGGAGUACAGGUGCUCUUCAGUGGCAAAAAGAAUCACCUGAGGAAGGAAGCAAACCCACUAUACCCCUUCAGUAACAAAGGAAGACUAAUGACGAAGGGAAACACGAGAAACCUGAUGUAGGAGAGAAUGUAACUCGAGAAGAACUAUACCUAAGUGAGAAAAUCAAUCCACAAUCCCUCCUUCAGUAGAAAAACAAGACUACUGACGAAGGAGAACACGAAAACCCUUCCACAAAGAACAAAACACUACUGACGAAGGAAAACACGAGAACUCUGCUGUAAAAGAGAAUAAAACUUGAAUGCAACCAGACAAAUAAGGUCCUUGGGGUUCCUUGAAGGCGAGGCGAUAACUUAGACACAGCAUCUCAUAACAACACCUGACGGAGGAGGAUAAUUUACCUGAAGAUUACCUGCAGGAGACUAUCACGUUGUCUAGCGGAGCGUGACACGUGAGACGCCGCAAGUCAGUUGUUGGUGAGAAGAGAACAAGACUCAAGCUCUUCUCUUCCUCCUCCUCCUCCUCCUCUUCCUUCUUUCCCUCCUCGUCCUCCUCCUUCAGAAGUUAAAGAUAAGUCACAGCCCAAGCAAGGAGGCGUUGUAUGAACGCCUAAGUCCCAAGGGCGGCGUCCCUGGGCCAUGCUGUCAAAGCAGGGGCGUGCGUGGUGGUGGUGGCGGAGAGAAAGUUACCACGACUGCUCCUGACAGGGGAUGAGGGAGACGGCUUCCCGCUGGAGGAGGCGCCCCCCCUACUUCCUGGGGGUGGCGCCCUUCUACGUCAAGCCGCCCAAGUAUAUCGGUGAGCGAGUGUUAUACCCGACCAAACCCAAGAGCUCCGUGCAGAAGGUGCCAGUGUUGGGAGGCCAGCCCAUCACCCUGGAGACUGCCCUGGCUCUUCGGAAGCAAAUUUUUGGCAAUGGCGGUGAUAUGUUGGUUCCUGCUUUGAACGAGUGGUUGGGUCAGUCCUUCUGCUUCAGCGAUGCCGACACACCGCAGGGCUACAGCCUCAAGAUGCAAAGAACAGUGUCAAGGCCUGGCCAUGGUGUGCAGGGCUACAUCCUCAAGCACCUUCUCUUCACUCGCCGCGGUCCCAGAGCUAACACUGAUCCGACCUCGCUGCUGCGGGCGUCCACCAAGAUGCAAGAGGAGGCGUUGGUGGGGGCCCUUAGUGACAUCUUGUGGCGCGCCGGAGACAGACAGCACGUGGUUCUCUGUCUCACGCAGGAGAACACAUACCUCACUGAAAAUCCUGAAUUUCAAGCUGAUGGAUGUACGGAGAGGAUUAAUACAUUCGACUUCAAGAAGCAGGAUGAGCUGACCUUCAAUCUUAAGAAGUAUCUGUUUGAGUUCCUCUCAGAAGACGGGAAUGGGAUGCUGCUGCUUCUGUAUAGCGUUGUCUUGUCCCGUGGAUUUACGAAGCUGCAGGAGGACAUGGGAAGCGAGGAGCACCCGCUGAUAGAGACAAACGCCACAAUACACCCCUGCGUGGUCACCCUGGUGCUGACGGGCCGCGCCACUCCCUACCUCCACAACGGCAUCAUCUACGAGGGCACAGAGGAUACUAUGGCUAAACCCAAGACGGGCAUUCUGACGAGGAGCGAGAUAGGGCUGCUGGUGUGGGCGAGGGCUGAAGGAGGCGGGGGAGGAGGGCCGGGGGUGGUGGGGUCACGCCUCAAAACCCCCUCCCUGCCCAUCUGGGUGACGCGCUGCAACGACGCCUACGGUCUGCUCUUCAACCCAAACAGGGACCUCAUCAGGGACUACCACGCUGAGAACAGGUUUGAUCUCCACUACUUCUCGUCCACCGUCACCCAGACCAACGCUACCAUUGUGACCAUCGACACGAGGAACCAGGUGCCCGUGGAGGAAUACAACAGUCCCCCCUUGGAAAAUCUCAUCCACACCAAAUGGGCGGGAGCGGACAUCAACUGGAACGGCACAUCGGCUCACGUGUAGCAGUGUGAAAGGUCAGCGCCAUCUGUGAGACACUCCAGGAAGCGACUCUCGAAGGCUCCACUCAACUACCCCGUCCCUGCCUUCCCCAUCGCCGCCCCCCGCGCCUCCCCGUCACCACUGGAACCACAAGUAGCAUCGAUGGCUGUCAUAACACCAGUAGUAUAUUUUUUCCUGCUAUUUAACCCAAUUUUUCCGUUUUCUGUUCUCGUUUUCUUGUUGGAUUAGUUUGAAUAUCCUUGCUAUUUAGUGGUGAGAGAAGUAGAAAUAUCUCACUUUCUCUUUUUUCUAUUUCUACCGUGUCUCUUCGGGCUAAUAAUCCUUUUAGAUAGCCAAUAUUUUUAAUCCAUAACUGUAUUAAACUAUUCGUCGUUCAUUUUGCGGUCUUCUCUCUAUCAAAAAUACUAUUAAUUAUUUUGUCCUUAACACAUUAGAAGCGAAAAUGAAGGUGCCCCACGUUAAUCAUCUUUCCACACCUGCCACUUAUCUCAUUACCACCUCUGCGGCUCAGGUGUGCUAAUAGGUGCUAAUAGGAAACACGCAGGUAUGUACAUAGAUUCACGUCUUAUUGAAAGCUUACAGGUAUAUGCAGGUGCAGUAUUAUACAGGUACAUACGGUGCAUUAGUUCAGGUAGGCACUAUUAAGAUGAGGUACAAUUAAGUCAUGAGUGAUUUGAUGAGUCAUUCUGUGCUUGCUACUCAUUAUAUUCAGGGUUCUUGGUUCCUGGUUAGCGUCUCAUUACUCUGAACCUGAAUCCUUCCUCAUGCUCUAUUACACUCUGUUUAAUGGGAGAGGAGUACUGGCAAAGACAACAACAGUUAUAUAAAGAGGAUAAAAAAGGCCCACUGAGAUUUCACUCCCGGAGAAAGAGCCAAAAAUAUUAUUCAGAGUUGUCUUGAGGUCUCUGGUAGGAAUUGGGGGAAACUGCCUCAUUUACCCCGAGCUUAUUAUCAUCUGUUGUGCUUCUGUAUCUAGUUCAUUUAAGAGUGUGGUGGAGGUUCGCAAGUCUGAGUUAAAAAGUAUACUUGAAAUUUUAACAAGCUCGUGGGUUUCUUUUAUGAGAUUUGUAGAGGAAACGCUGCAGUUAUUGUCUAGAUCAUGAAGAAUUGUAUUUAUAAUGUUAAGUAGUUUCUUGUAUUUGUUUUUAUUUUUUUUUUUAAGGAAAGACCUUUUGUAUUGAUCUAGUUUACUAAUCCCUAGUCUGAAAGUGCUUCGGUGCUUCUUUCCGUAUUCAAAUUAAGCUGUUUUCCUCUCACUUGAUCAACAUUUUUACUUUAUCCUAUAAGUUUGUAUUGAGAGUAAACUUAGCAUUAGAACCUUUGAAAUAUAACUGACAUAGAACACCAUUGUAAGGAGCGACAGAGGUAUUGGAUUCAGGGAACGUACUCUGAAACUUUAACUGUCUCAUUAUAACUUCCAACAAGCUACAGUUGAAUGUUACGGGGGAUCCCACUGGUGUUUUCGUGAUUCUGGCGGUAACCUUAGCAAAUAAUCCUGUAUAACUGAGGAAAACACCCUUCAUAACCUGAGUAGCGAUGAAAAAGUACGGUUUUGUAAGAAUACGGAGUCAGGGUAUGGAGAUAUGGCAGUAACCAGAAGACGGGAGGCGGGGGGGGGAGGGCGGCUCUGCUCCGUCCACAUAACAUGAUAACAGUUCCUCCAGCCUCUCUCGCUUGCAACACCUCGCGCCUUCGGUCUGUAGGCUGUGCCCGGCCCUUCGCGGCCCACACGUAUAAGGAAUAAACACUGUAUCAUAAAUAAAACAAUGUACACAAGUCCUAAGUUAUUGUUGAUUAUCCUCCUUGUGUUGGUUGGUCAUGAGUGUUCUGGGUGAAGCCUGGACUAGCUCGCAUUUGAGGUGAGCCUUCGUGUGAAGCAUGUGGUGGUCAGUCGCCGGCUCGCUGUGAAGAGGGAAGGCUACGGCCAAGUUCUCUCUUCUUUACAGUGUUAAUAGUGUCACAUGAGUAUCAGUACCUUAUCUGGACUUUUUGUUUACCCUGCGUUAGGAGGCCGUGGAAUACUUUCCUGUCUACCCUGCGUGAAGAGGCCAUGGAAUCAAGUUAAGGGAAAGGAGAGUUACUUUGUCAGGGUGUAUGAGUUUAGGAUUUAGUUGAGUGGCUUCGAAAACUCAUUGUCUCUACUCUGGACCGUGGAGGCAACACCCCUGAACCCCGGGACACAGCUGCUCAGAUAUCCUGGUGUAACGAUCCAAGCAAGAGUGUUUCGAUCAGUCGUGUAAUCACCGCUAUAAGCUUUUAAAAUGCGUCACCGGAGGCCACAGGUGACAUACCCACACACCCAGCUGCUUCUCUAUUUCCAUCGAAUCCAUCGCCAACUGAAGUCAGAGGCUCACACGCGAAGACAGAAGCAAUAGAAGAAAGAAGGAGGAGAAAUAAAGGAGGAGUACGAAGAAUGAACGAGAAAUAGAGGCGGAAUAGGAGAAAGAGCUAAGGUGGAAUAUUUAGGUACCGGACUCCAUGGACUGCGACUUCACUGUGACCUGAUAGGAGGUGGCCACUCAACGCUGAGGUCACACGGUGUUUGUUAUUGCACUUGGCUGUCUUCCCAUGUAGGUGUUAAUGGAAAGACAAAUUCAGUUUUAUAAUUUAAUAUAGAACCUUUACAAUAUAUACAAUAACAAUUCAGAGUUAAAGGUAACCAAAUUGUGUACCCAGUGUUGCUUUGGGAGUGGUGGUGUGACCAGAAAAGGAAAGACGUACAAGAGUGAAUGAACUGGGGGAACAGAUUGUGAAGGACACGAGGCUUUGUUUCCCUUGGGUGAGAUAGGCAAAAAAGUAAUCAGGGCCAACUGAAUUCUCAUGGGAUUUUGACCUGUUUAUUGUCCCUAUUAUAAAGACUGGAUGGCUUUUCAUGUUUCCAGCGAGAUUUCCUCCCUUUUCUGCCUUUCUGAGCCUCAAAGAAAUUCUAAAAAGAUGACUUGCUUUCCCCUCCCACAAAGAU